UUCAAAAAGGAUGUUGGAUAUGGAAUUCCUCUCAGAAUCUGAUUUCAACUCAAAGGAGAUCAUAGGAGCAGGAAAUGCUACUGUGAUCUUUAAAGCCAAGCAUUGGCCCACUGGCCGUUCAAUGAGAGUGAAGAAUGUAGGUACUAGCUUUUUGGAUGAAAUAAACAAAAGAGACAUUAUAUUCGAACUCGAUGUGCUGAACAGGAUGAACUUCCCCCACCUCUUGAGAUACUACGGGGCAUACCCAAGGUACUAG